ACUCCAAGUCUAAUAGUUUGUGUUAUGUUAUUCUAAACUAAACACACACUUCACAUUAGUGUCACUCACCCAAACACACCCACCCCACCCAUUUUUGUUCUCUCCUUUUUCACUUUCACUCUCAUUUAACUGCAUUACAUUACAUUCACAACCCCUUCAUUUUCUCUCUCUAGAUCUCUCAUCUUCCACAUUGUACACAACACACAACACAAACUUCAACUUCCAUGGCUGACACCACCAAAUACACACCCAUAUCCACCACCAUCACCACCACCACCACUCCUCCUAACAACCUCCACAAACUCGACUUCAAAAACCUCUUCCCCAUUCUCAAAACCAAAACAACCAUCACUCUUGCUUACACUUUUAUGCUCAUUUUCAUCGCUUUCACUCUCUUCCUAGCCUUUUCCCCUUCUUCCACCACAACAAUUUCCUCAACACCCAACCUUUCUACUUCCCAAUUCUCUUCCAUUUUCUCUUACUUUUUCCCAAACACCACCACUCCACAAUCUUCACAAACUCACAACACAACCAAUCCUUUCGAUCCAAUCCAAACCAACACCUCCACAACUAGAUCCACCAAUGCAACUUCUCAAUCUCCAAUUUCCAACACAACUACAAACACACAAAAAAAUUCAUCACAAGAUGUACUUCCUAUUCCUGUUCAAAUUCCAAUUCCAAUUCCAACUCCAACCACAAACAACACUCAAAUUGCAAAAAUAGAACCAUCUACGGUCAAAAAUCACACAUCAAUUUCUGAUGGAACAAACUCAAAUCAAACCACAAAUGUUACUCUUCAAGGAGUUGCUCCAGUUGCUCCAGUUACUCCUCACCAGAAUCUAAGUUCUAAUUCUUCUUUAAAAGGUGUUGAUUUGAAUAACUACACGGCUUCACUUGCUAAGAAGAAGAACAAUGGGAAAAGCAAGUACACAGAGUUGAUGGAAUCUCUGAUGAAUUGUGAUUUUUUUCAUGGUGAAUGGGUGAAAGAUGAUUCUUAUCCUCUAUACAAACCUGGUUCUUGUUCAAUUAUUGAUGAACAGUUCAAUUGUAUAAGAAAUGGAAGACCAGAUAAAGAUUUUCAGAAAUACAAAUGGAAACCUAAGGGUUGCACUCUCCCAAGGUUGGAUGCACAUAAAUUGCUUGAUUUGUUGAGAGGGAAGAGAUUGGUUUUUGUUGGUGAUUCUCUCAAUAGGAAUAUGUGGGAAUCACUUAUUUGUAUACUGAAAAAUUCUGUGAAAGAUAAAAAGAAUGUUUAUGAAGCAAAUGGAAGAGUUCAUUUUAGAGGGGAAGCUUCUUAUUCGUUUGUGUUCAAAGAUUAUAACUUCUCUGUGGAGCUUUUUGUGUCGCCGUUUUUAGUUCAAGAGUGGGAAAUGCCUGAUAAAAAUGGGACAAAGAAGGAAACACUUCGUCUUGAUUUAGUUGGUAGAUCUUCAGAUCAAUAUAAAGAUGCAGAUAUCAUUGUCUUUAAUACUGGUCACUGGUGGACUCAUGAUAAAACUUCUAAAGGGAAGGACUAUUACCAAGAAGGUAGCCAUGUCUACGAUGAAAUGAAUGUUCUUGAAGCGUUCCGAAGAGCUAUAACAACUUGGGGCAGGUGGGUCGAUACCAACGUAAAUCCAUCCAAGUCCUUAGUCUUGUUUAGAGGCUAUUCUGCUUCCCAUUUCAGUGGUGGGCAAUGGAAUUCAGGUGGACAAUGUGACCAUGAAACUGCGCCCAUCGAUAACGAAAAGUACCUAACAGAAUACCCACCUAAGAUGAGGGUGUUGGAGAAGGUGCUUAAGUAUAUGAAAACACCUGUAUCCUAUCUGAAUAUCACAAGGAUGACAGAUUUUCGGAAGGACGGUCAUCCUUCAAUAUACCGGAAGCAAAAUCUAUCCCCCGAAGAAAGAAAAUCACCAUUGAGAUACCAAGACUGCAGUCAUUGGUGCCUUCCAGGUGUUCCUGAUGCGUGGAAUGAGAUUCUCUAUGCCGAAAUUCUAAUGAGGGAGUACCGAAAUCAGCAUCAGCAGAAGGGAUCAUAGGUAAAGAAAGAACUCCCACAAACCCCUUCCUCCCUUAUACAUUAUAUCCAAUGUGUUAAAAAGAUGAAAUAGAUACAGAUGCAAUAUACAUACAGAAAAUGCCUUUUUUUCCACCUAUUUGUCUUAAAAAAGUUCAUAAAGUUGAGUGAAACAGUAGUGUAUAAUUAAGAGAUGUGGUUACCAUGACUUGGUGAGGAGAGGAGAGGAGAGAAUACUAUAUAUGGUGGCUUAGUUUGUCAUUGUAAAUCAUACAUCCAUUGUCUCUACAUUUUCUUCCUAGCCUCAAAGGGUGAUUGGUAUUGUAAAUCUCUUAUCAACUUGAUUUUUUGUUUAGUGUAAUCAAACUUCUGAUGAAUAAUCUUUAAAUUAUUUUAUUUAUAUAUAA